AUAAAAUAGAAUAAAAUACUUUAUUUAAUCAGCUUAAGCCACGCGCAAUAAUUUAAAGCGUAACAGCUUAUUUAAUAUUCAGAUUUGUGCAAAUAAAUAUAUAUCAACAGAUAUUGGCUAUUCCUGGGUCACACAUUUGAUAGUCGUGAAUGAAAGGCACAAUAUUGCAAUAUUGCCAUUUACCACGGCUUGAAAGGUGUAAAAACUAUCGAAAUUUGACUUUAAUUUUUUUUAUAUCAGAGUUUAUCCGUGUUGUCUCCCAUGCUAAGAAUUAUAUUAUCUAUGAAAAUUACUUAAUUUAUGCCGUUAAGUCGCACAAUUUAAGUUCAAAUAGAAUGAAGAAGAAAGACAACAAAAUAAGAACAAACUGGCAAAAUACUUUUUAAUUUAUGAUCGUGGCAUAUCUAAUACAACAUUUUAUGCGAUUUUUUCGCUCUGGCGCACUGCGCACAUUAAUAGACAAUGGCCAUAAGGCAAGCGCACAUAAAAAAUCAAUGUAAAUUGUAAGAAAAACCAAAAAUAAUCAUUAAAGAGAGAAAAGAAAAUAAAUAACACAGUAUACAAAGGCAAAAACUUGGCAACUCACAAGCUACGUCCUACGUCCACACCCACGAGCCAGCCAGUCCGAUAUUAAGUGCAGAUAAGAACAGAACCCGUUCAAAAAACAAUGUGAGAGGAGCAGACGAUGUGGGUGCCCCACGGACUGCUGCCACAAAGGAAUGUUGCGAAUUUAAUUGAACAACUUCAAAAUGAGACAAAAAGCUCGUAACUACAACAACAGCAACAAUUAAACUUGAGCAGAGGCGGCACUUACGCACAGGCAAAUAAUUGUGUCAAAGGCAAUGGGGCAACUACAAGAGCAUCAGGGCAAACCGAAAGAGAAAGAGAGCGAAGAAAGCGGUACAAUUGUAAAAUCUCAUAAUAAGUUAAGGGAGAGAACAGACACUAUGAGCAGGUGUAUAAGAUAGUGGACUCAAUAAUCUAAAGUAAUCAUCCUUUAAAUAUAUAUAAAAAAAGUAUUGCAAAACGCCUCUAUGCGAUUUUCAUAAAUGUUACCUAACCACUAUCACGGAUUAGCAGCAGUUAAUUUGUAAUUGGAAUAUUUUUUGUAAUAAGCUGCUAAUUUUUUCUUAUUUUGCCUCUCAGUUCUAUUUUUUAUUUCUCAGUUUACGCGCUCGCACAGUUCUCAUUAUCUUUUGUUUCUCUCGCACUUACUGUAUCUAUAGCUCGCUUUUCCGGCAUUCCUUGCUCUAUCUAAGAACUUUCAUUUAUUAUUCCUUUCGAUCAAUUCCCUUUCUCAAUUUUUACAUUCUCUUAAUUUCUCUUUUCUUUUACUUUCGCAGCUGUGCAUAUCGCCUAAUAAUUUCAUUUCCUCCUUACUCCCUCGGCCUGUACUCCUUCCUCUUUCUCUUUAUCUUCCAUACUUCUUACUAUAUCCCUACCUUUCUCCCUGUCUCUUUUAAUCUCUCUCCCUCUCUCUCUCGCUCUCUUCCUCUCUCACUCUCUUCCUCUCUCACUCUGCUACUUCUCUUUAUCUCAAAUUCUCUUGAUUCUAAUGUAUAAAAUAUUCUAUAUGUUUUAUUUCACCUUCCUGCCUUAUUUUUAUAUCCAUUACUAGUCUAUUAUAUCUAUUAUGUGCAUCUAUUAUUUCUCUCUCCCACAAGCACACUCUCGUUGGCUACUCUCUACUUAUAUUUUCCUUAAAAUUCAUUUUAUCAGUCGGUAUACAAUUCGGGGUCAAACUAAUCGGAUCACACUAAUGUUAUACAUGUUUCUCUUUACCUCUCUUACUUCUUUUUGUCUCUUACUCAGUAUUUCUCAUUUCCUUUCUCUUCCACUGACUCUUUCUCUUAUUCUUCUUCACUCAGCAACUCUCUCUCUCUCUCUCUCUCUUUCUGUCAUAUUUCAGCUCUUUUUUAGUAUCUUUCUCUUACUUUCAUACAGUCACUGACGUUUUUCUUUCAAAUAUCGCCUUACUAUGUGAUUCUCACUAAUUUUUUUUGGUAAAUUAAAGAUAUGGCUUCAGUAUGCUUUCAAAUGUUAAUAAUUUUAAUGUAUAUCGUAUGUAUAUAAUAAUAAUAAUAUGUAUUUAUGUUAGACGCGUGAGGAGGUAUUUUAAUAGGUCAUCUAGUGGCUCUUUAAUUAUAACACUAGUAAAUGUUUAACAACUAUAAAUAAAUAUGUCAUCAAACAAAAUUUUAGCUUUCAUUUUAUAGAUUUAGAUACAUUUUUUAUAUACGUAAUUAAUUGUAGCAGUAGUUAUCGUUGGCCGUAACCAAAAUAAUUGUUUUUAUAGCGCACCUUUUAAUUUAAGAGCAUCAUUUUUUAAGAGUAUUUCAAAAUGAAGAGUUUCAUAAACAACCUGCGCGCGCAUUAUCUGGGCACUUGUUGAUUUCUCAUACACACACACACGCAACAGUCGCACACACACACUUAUGCAAUGUCGAAGCACAGCUGUUUCUGCUCGCUGCCUGCGUCACGGCGCUGCAGCGCUGCUGCUUAAACUGUUUUUGGUUUGGCUAGUUUCUUUGCCGCACACACACAAACACACACACACACCACGCUCACAUGCACACCUUUUGGCUGUGCUCGUUACCCACACACUCGUGCUAGACAUUUGCGCUAAUUUAAUUAGAGGCCUCGUUUUACUUGCAAGUCGACAGGUGGUUGACAUUUCUAUACGGGGCAGCUGUGACGUUACCAUUUGGCGUUGCCAGACUGCUGACAAGUUAACAGGAACAGGUGUAGGAUAAGCCCAAUUGGAACUUCUGAGAAGUUGGAGAGAUGUAGAAAUUUAAAUAAGUCCGAUUUGGAUUUCAGCUUCCAAUGUAAGGUUGGGUAGAAAAAAGAGUUCUAGUGGGACAAAACAUUUUGUUUUUGUGACUUUAAUUUAAUAUAACCAGAGUCUUGUCAACUUCUGGCAAUUAUACAGUGUACCACUUCCUACAUUUUGUUAGGCCCUCAUUUCGACUGGUUCUUGAACUUUUCAUAAACCUAUCAAUGCACAGAGAUUUUUUACUUAGUUUUCUAAUGCAAUUCAACUUCAUAUUUGCUUUUCAGCGUUGGCAAAUGGGCAACCCAAUUUGGAGACGAGCUAUUUCUGCUGGCCCAAAAGAUAACCAAAUCGCAGCAGAUCAAAGAGAAAUAUAAAGGCGAAUGUGGGCAAAAUGCUGGCACGAAAAAUGGACGCAGUGCGCUGCAUACAGGAGAAGGCGGAGAGUGUUAACGAGAACUUUGAGUUCAAUCAGACAUAUGCUGAGGCGAACUUCACAUACUACUCCAGCAAGUACUCGGCAUUCAAUGGUAACAGCUCGGAGCAGUUGGCGCCCAAUGAGGAAGAAUAUGCGUAUAUGUAUCGCGAUAUGAUGCUUAAUCCGGACACCCAUUUCUACAAUAUAUCCGUAGAUACGGAGCACAGCUCGGUGCAUGUGCCCUCGAAUGUGUGGGAUCGUGCGCCGCAUGUGCUUAAGACAAUACAAUGGUCGGAGCAGCUGGAUGAGGUGUUCCGACAGAACUAUCAGUCCGAUCCAGCAUUGUCCUGGCAAUAUUUUGGCUCCGAUACGGGCAUAUUGCGUCACUAUCCCGCCGCACAGUGGACAGACUCGCGCGCAAAUAAACUGGAUGCGGAUACCUAUGAUUGCCGCAAACGUUCCUGGUACAUUGAAACGGCCACAUGCUCCAAGGAUAUUGUCAUAUUGCUGGAUCACUCGGGCUCGAUGACUGGUCAUCGCCAUCAUGUGGCCAAGUUCACCAUACGCAGCAUAUUGGACACGUUCUCCAACAACGAUUUUUUCACAAUUUUUCAGUAUUCCAGCGAGGUGCAGGGCAUUAUACCCUGCUUUAAGGACGCACUGGUGCAAGCCACGCCCGAAAACAUUGAUGUCUUCAAUUCGGCCAUUGCCGAUCUGGAAGAUCCCGAGGGCUAUGCGAAUCUAACGCUGGCCUACGAGCACGCUUUUCAAAUUCUACGCAAUUAUUAUAUAAAUCGUCGCUGCAAUGAAACCUCCACCUGCAACCAGGCUAUUAUGCUGGUCACCGACGGCGUUGCCGGCAAUACCACCGAUGUCUUUGAGAAAUACAACUGGGGUGAUGGAGAGAACGGCACCUCGCGCAUGAAUGUGCGCAUCUUUACGUAUCUGUUGGGCAAGGAGGUGACCAAGGUGCGCGAGAUACAAUGGAUGGCCUGUCUGAAUCGUGGCUACUAUUCGCAUGUCCAGACGCUCGACGAGGUGCACGAGGAGGUGCUCAAGUAUGUCGAUGUUAUAGCCACGCCCUUGGUGCUGCAGAAUGAACAGCAUCCGCCUACUUGGACGCAUGCUUUUACAGAUAAAACGUAUGAUCCUAUGAAUAGCACAGAACGGCGACCUCGUCUCAUGAUAGCGGUGGGUGUACCCGCCUUUGAUCGUUCCUAUCUCCAUGAGAACAGCACAAGGAGACGCGCCCGUCUACUGGGCGUGGCCGGAACGGAUUUGCCAGUCGAGGAUAUCGACAAGCUAACCCUGCCCUAUAAGCUGGGCGUAAAUGGUUACUCCUUUGUGGUUUCCAACAAUGGCUACAUGCUGCUGCAUCCGGAUCUGCGACCCAUUGGCUCCAAUGGCAAAAUGAAUCCCAACUAUAACAGCAUUGAUUUCACCGAAGUGGAGCAUUUGUUUGAGGAUCAGAAUCCGCGUGAGCCUGGACAAUCCAUAUUAAACCUGCGCAGCGCCAUGGUGCAUCAUGAGGCCAACGAGUUUAGGGAUAUUCCGGUUAAGUUCCAUUAUGAUAAAAUGCGUCGCGUCUCGGAAGAGAAACAGGAUUAUUUCUUUGCGCCGCUGCCCAAUACUCCAUUUACUCUGGGCAUUGUAAUGCCCAGCGAGUAUGGCAAGACUUGGAUCAAGGUGGGCGAUGAGGUGGACAAGAACAAGCACAUGAAGGUAAACAUAUCGGAGUUCUUCAUUGGCGAAAACUGGAAGGUGCAUCCCGAUUGGGUCUACUGCAAGUAUCACUAUCUUGAGGGUCACGAAUUCAAGACGCCUGAAGCGGAACUGCGCGAGUUUUUGGUAAAGAUGAUGGAACUCGACUGGAAGUGGCCGGAACAAUAUGCCGAAGAUGAGUCCGAUUGGGAUGAUAAAGAUGAUUUAAAUUGUGGUCGCAAAACGCUCGGAGAUGAUGCCUACUAUUGCAACAAGGAGCUGGUGAACUUGCUCAUCUUUGAUGCCAAAGUGACCAAUUUUAGCUACGGCGAAUGGAAGUUCGAGAAUGAUCAGGAGCGACAACUAAUUGAACGCUUUGGUGCCACACUGCGUUUCGUGGCCACCAUGAGUGGCCUGACACGCUGGCAGUUCAUCUUUGGCGAGGUGGAAGUGGAUACGGAUCGGGAAUUUGGCGAUUAUCAUACAACAGCCAUUGAUGAGACCUGGUACAAGAGCGCCAUAUUGCAGCAUCAUCAGGAGAACACCGAGAGCUUUGUCUAUUCGGUUAAACACUAUCACGAUCCGCUGGAGGAUAGCGAACUCAAGGUAACCGCCUCGCAUGCCAUCUUUCCACGAGAUGGCGGCAAAGAGGCGCCCGCCUGCGUAGUCGGUUUCCAGUUCUCACAUGCGCGCAUGUGGGAGCGCUUCUUCAACAUUACCGCCGUGGAUAAUUGCAACAAUUGCUUGCCCAUCUGCACGGAUGAUGACGUUGACUGUUCGGUCAUCGAUAACAAUGCGUACAUUGUUGUUGGUCAGAACAUAAACACGACGGGCAAAUUCUUUGGUGAAUUCCAUGGCGAUGUUAUGGCCGCAAUGGUGCAGAAGGGCAUCUUCAAAAGCAUCGAGGUCUAUGACUAUCAGGGGCUAUGCAAAGUGGAGCCAACAACGCCCAGCGAUGGACACAGUUUGUUGCAUCCGCUACAAGUGCUCGGGCUAGCUUGGAAGUGGUUAAUAGCGCAGCUUUUCUGGCACUAUCAAAGAGUUCAAUGGUGGGUGGAUGGUGCGCCCUUUAUGGAGUAUUUGGACAAUAUUGAGGAUGAAUAUGUGGCUGUGGGCGACAGCAAUUCGCCAUCAGCAGCCAAGCCCAAGGAGGAUGGCGACGAUGGUGAGGCCAUAUUUCAAGAGCCCGAACCGGAGCCCAUUUACAAGCCCUGCGAUAUGCGUUCAACGCUUUACGCGCUGCAACCCUCCGCCCUGGUGGGCAUCAAUGACUACAUAGAGGUGCCAUCGACGCGUCCAUUUCUGGUAAAAAAGAUACCGAACACGAAUCUAGUGCUGAUGGUGGUCAAUGUACUGAUGCCAUCGCGCAGCGUACGCCUAACCACCGAACCGCAGCGCAUAACCAACUACGAAGAAGAGUUUCCCUGCUACAAGCUGAAUAUGAGUUUCUACGAGCGUCGCCGCAUUGAGGAGUGCUACACGAAGCACGACGAUGAGGAACUGUUCACCUAUUGCGGCAACGCCUCACGGCUGGGCCUGACGCUUCAGCUGCUGCCGCUGACCAUACUUUUGAUGUUUUACUUGACGCGUUGCUUUAUGCGCGUCUAGUUUAUACAAUAUAUGUGUAUAUAUAAAUAUAUAUAUACAUAUAUAUAUAUAUACUAUAUACCUAUGUACUAUUGCGAUCUGUUUGUUUUUAGAUUGUAAACUAUUGUGUAGUACAAUUCUAGUCGAAUGUUUAACAACAAAUAACAGAAACCAACUAAAAAAAAAAACAAAGGCACAAUCUUAUAAAAAAAAAAAAACUUAAAGCAAAUUUAGUAACAACAAUUUCAACUCUUAGACUUAUAAAAUACGCCAAAUGUUAAGAAUAAAAAUCGUUUUACUUUACGAAUUACAAAA